AUGAUUCUAACGGUAACGCUUCGCGCCGCGUACGUCGCGUGCUCUCAACCUCCAUUACCACUCCUUGCGAGUCGCGCUAGCCUCGACAAGGCCAGCAUUAGGAAGGGAACGGACCCCGUGAAUUGCAACGACCCCCUCGUGAGGGCUGGCGCGUUGAAUGCGGAACCCUCAAAGGCUCGGACCGACCCCUUCGACAGGUUAGGGACGAAUACGGUUCUCAACACUAGUGGCAAUGAUGACGUAAGAAAUGACGUCACCGGUGACGCUAGGGAUGAUGACGGUGGAAUCCCGCUGGAUCCGCUGCGCGAUCUGCGGCCAUCGCUCAUUGGCUCCACGUGGCAGCGCGAGUCGUGGCGGCGGAAAAAGCGGCCCGUGAAGACGCCGCGUCGCCCGGAGAAGGCGCGGCCGUCGCUGGUGGAGGAGAUCGCAACGGCGUGGAGCAACGACCGCCGCCGACGCCGCGAUGGCCGCUGGAUGGUCGACACGCCGCGCGGCAUCCCCAUGUGUCCCCGUGCGGACCCGCCCUGCCCCGACUGCAGGGGGAGUGGGCGAGUGGAGUGCACCCGCUGCUGCGGCCGAGGUGCGAGUGCUUGGGGGGGGGACAGGGAGGUGGGGAGGGGAGGGGGGAAGAGGGGGGGGCGAAGGGGGGUGGGGUGGGGGGGAGGGUGUGGGAACGGCGCUUUGCAUGGUGGGCGCUUUGCUGGGGAUGAUGUGAUGGGGUGGGGUGUGUGGAUGCAGUGGUGGGCGCGGCUGGGUAGUGGGGUUCGGGGGGAUGAGGGGGGCACCCAUCCCAUGCCAUGGUGGAGGGGCGAGGGGGGCACCCAUCCCAUGCCAUGGUGGAGGGGCGUGCGUGCUGCGGGGGUGCUGGUUCUGCAGGGGCAGUGGGCGGUGCUACUGCGCACGCUGCCUGGGCACGGGGGAGAAGCGCGGCGUCAUUGGCUUCCACUGACGGCCCGCCUCCUUCACCACCACCCACUCAUCACCACCCACUCAUCACCACCCACUCAUCACCACCCACUCAUCACCACCCACUCAUCGCCGCCCUCCUUCAUCGCUACCCACUCAUUGCCGCCCUCCCUUGUGUGCUUGGUGCCUUUCAUCUCAUGCGGUCACAGUGCCUGUGUCUUCCACUUGGGGUGCAAGCGGAACGCAGCAUGA